AUGGCUGUCGCUGUUGCUCGCACCAUCAAGGGGAUCGCCGAGCCCAUGUUUGCAACGAUGCUGCCCGCCCCCCUGAACUCGCUGCGGUUCCUGAAGAUCGAUCUGGGACAUGUCCCCAUUCACGUCGAGAAUAUCGACGUCCACAAGGCCGAUAGCGACGGCAUUAAGCUAGAUCUGGACCUCCUCUGGGAUGGUGUUUGUGAUAUUGAGCUGGAUGGGAACAUGGUGCCCAAGAUUGGAGUCGAGCACGUUAAGCUUCGCGGGCGGCUGUCAGUUCUGUUGUGUCCCUUGACCAAUGUCCUCCCUUGUGUGAGUCGCCAUCUCAACCUCUCGCCCCUGGUCCCAGCACCCAUUAACAGACCCCAGGUCGGCGCCCUCCAAAUAGCCUUCAUCAACAAGCCCUCGCUCAAAAUGACCUACACCGACGCCGCCAGCGUUGCAAGCCUAGGUCUCAUCGACAACGCCCUGCGCAAUGUCGUCCUAAGCAUCAUCUCGUCCAUGGCCGUCCUCCCCAACCGCUUCCUGGUCAAGCUCGACCCGGCCAACGACUUCUUCAAGACCUACCAGCACCCGAUCGGUGUGCUGCGGCUGACAAUCGAGUCGGGCUCCAACUUUGGCGAGGAGCUCGGCCAAACGCGCAACUUCCUCAAGAAGCUGGUCCACGACGUGCCGGACUGCUUCGUCGACGUCAACGUCGCAGGCGGCCCCGCCUGGCGCACCAAGACGGUCAACAACAACCGCCACCCGGAGUGGAACGAGACGCAGGACUUUUUGGUUGCCGACCACGACCAGGCCAUCGAGGUGGACGUCAAGGACGACGACACCGCGAGCGACGACGACAUCGGCCUCGCGGCGACCUCCAUCAAGCAGCUGCUCCUUGCCGGCGGGCGGCAGGAGCUGAAGCUAGUGCACAAGGAGCAGGAGACGGACGGGAAGCUGACGCUCAGCGGCAAGUUUCACAAUUUUGUGGCCGACCCUGCCAGCUUGUCGGGGACGGAGUCUGGGGUGCUUGGGCUGGUUAGUGUGCUGGUGGCGUCCGCCCGGGGGAUCACGGGCCGGCGCGAGGAGCUGAAGCCGAGCGUCAAGGUCGAGUGGGCCGGUCAGGUGUUUAGGACCGGCAUCAAGACGGAUGCGCCAGGCGCGGAUAUCGAGAACCCGUCGUUUGACCAGGCCUUCCAGUUCCCGGUCAAGGCGGGCAUGGUUAGCGGUGGCUCGCCCGUCAAGAUCACCAUGAUGGACGCGGAGAGUGAGACCGGGUCGGUCGAGGUGGCGCUCGAGGAGGUGCUCGGGGUCGAAGGCUUGAAGUUGGAGAAGGACUUUGAGAUUGGGAACGGCGUCGCGCUGCGUGCAGGCAUCUGGGUGAGGGGGACAAAACUUGCAGAGUAG